AUGGAUACGACGUUCCAGCAACCAGUUAUAGCAAUUGCGGGACUGGCAUGUGAGACCUCCACCCUUUCCCCAGCUCGAACACCUGCUGUGGCUUUUCACCCCAAGCGUGGCCCAGAGAUCUUCGAGAAAUACGCUUUUCUUCAGGCUGGAACACCCCUGGGAGAUGGUGCUACCUGGCGCGGCGCUCUUAUUGGCCAUGCUUUGCCAAGCGGCAUUGUGGUUCGAGAAGCCUUUGAACAGCUCGCAAAUGAGAUUGUGAAUCGACUUACAGUGAUUUGUAGCUGUACUAUCAUUCACGGUUUGUGGUUUGAUAUUCAUGGAGCAAUGUGUGUUGAAGGUCUAGAGGAUGUUGAGACCGAACUUCUUCGGCGAAUCCGUCGCGUCAUUGGUCCUCAAGUCAUCAUAUCGGCAUCAAUGGACCUACAUGGCAACGUCUCUCGACAGCUAGUACACCAAAUAGACCUGAUCACUUGCUAUCGUAUGGCGCCGCACGAAUAUACAAUGGAGACCAAACAGCGGGCAUGUCGAAACCUAGUCGAUAUCCUGCUGUCCCGAGUGGGCGGCCCAAGCCGGCCAUUGAAGGCGUGGGUCCCUAUUCCAAUUUUGCUACCUGGGGAGCAGACAUCAACUUGCCUUGAGCCAGCGAAAGGCCUAUAUGCACUGUUGCCCGAGGUGGAAUCACUUCCCGGCAUAUUGGAUGCAGCUAUCUGGGUCGGCUAUGCCUGGGCAGAUGAGCCCCGUAACCAUGCAGCAGUGGUCGUUACUGGUUGGAAUGCGGAGAUAAUUUCUCUGAAGGCUUAUGAACUUGCCGCUCACUUCUGGAACGCCAGAGAGCUUUUUGAUUUCGUUGCACCUACUGGAUCGCUGGGGGAAUGCAUUGACGCCGCUCUGAAAUCAGCCCAGCGCCCUUUCUUUAUAUCUGACUCCGGUGACAAUCCAACCGCCGGGGGCGCCGGAUAUGUGACUUGGACCAUUUCGAAAGUCUUAUCUCGAUCAGAAUUUCAACAUGAAGCGGGGCCGAGCGUGAUAUAUGCAAGUAUCCCCGGUCCACAGGCCAUUGAGGUCAUUCUCCGAGCCGGGAUAGGUACGACGGUCACAGUGACCGCCGGUGCACAGGUAGAUAAAGUCCAUACUAGACCUCUUACUAUGACAGGACGAGUCCACUCAAUCAGAGAAGGUGAUCAGGACGCCGCUGUUGAGUCCGUACUCCAGGUCGGCAGCGUCUUCGUCAUAAUUACAAAGCUCAGAAAGCCGUACCACUGCGAGAAUGACUUUACUGCACUUAGUCUUCAACCCCGUUCUGCCGACAUGGUUAUUUUUAAGAUUGGAUAUCUGGAGCCCGAGCUUUCAACAUGGCAGCGGAUUGGAUGCUUGCGCUGA